CUACGAUAUUAACAUGAUAUAUGUCAAAAUUCUGGAAUUUUUUAUUAAACACGAACUCAAAUUAACAAGUGGAGGUCCAAUUACUAACUAAAAUCACUGUAUGGGUCUCGAUCAGGUUCAUCAUGAAAAACUCGAUACCGAAAACGUAACAAUACACCUAAUUUCAGGAGCUAUUGCAGGUUAUGCGGAAUACAUCAUAAUGUACCCUAUAGAUACGGUCAAAACCAGAAUGCAAUCAAUAUCCUUUAAGGGGACUCGCAAUAUAUUUGGAGUCUUAUUGAAGAUGAUCGCCGAAGAAGGUAUUUUGAGCCCCAUUCGAGGUCUUACAGUUGUAGUUGCAGCUUCUGGUCCAGCACAUGCUUUAUAUUACGGGAGUUACGAGUUCGUCAAAAUAAAUCUGCAGCACGUAGUGAAGAAUCACAAUUCGUUUUGUCAUGGCGUAGCCGGUUGUUUUGCUACAUUUUUUCAUGACGCUGUAGUAAAUCCUUCUGAGGUAAUCAAACAAAGAAUGCAAAUGGAGAAAUCUACGUGCCAUUCAGUUAUUCAGUGUACUAAGGAAAUAUACAGAAUUGAAGGGUUCCAAGCUUUUUACAGAUCUUUUGCUACGACCUUAUUAAUGAACAUACCAUUCCAAUCUAUCCACUUCAUCGUCUACGAAUUGUGUCAGGAUUAUUUAAACAAAGAACGUGACUACGAUCCUAAGUCUCAUAUUAUCAGUGGAGGACUCGCUGGUGGAGUAGGCGCAGCUAUUACCAAUCCUCUAGAUGUAUGUAGGACACUCAUUAACACUCAAGAAAGUAAAGAAGCUGUUGGCUUAGUUAAAGCUGUAAAAAUUGUUUAUAAGAAAACAGGAUUUCGUGGUUUCCUUUCAGGUGUAACCGCUAGGACUCUACAUCUUAUGCCAUCUACAGCCAUUUGUUGGUCAACUUAUGAGUUUUGUAAAUAUCUUCUUAAAGAACAGAAACAUAAAGAUAGUGAUAGAAAUAAAUAAAAUAAAUAGGUUACAAUUUAGAGGUUAUAUAAAUGAAGAACCAACUAUAUUGCGCGCCACAGUUAAAAUUUGGCGUUAAAAGUUGCCGCUUACAUCGCAAUGCUGGCUGACGUUCGAUGAUAGACAGAGAAGCGAGGACUAUAUGCACAUCAUUUCAUGAAAACAAAAAAUAUAUACAGGGUCCUCAAUAUCUAGCUCUAGUGCACACGUGAGAAUAGAAAACUACUGUGCGCAUAAAGUGCAUUUUCAUUUUAUCUAGUGCAAAAGUGGAUGGUAAAUAGAAUUGAUUGUUAAAAUAUUCGUUAAAAAAAGAGUCGAUUGUAUUGUAAAAAGAAUUGAAUUGUAUUGUCAAAAGAAUAGAUUCUAAAAUUGUAAAAUAGAUCGAAUGGAAAAUGCGUUGAUUUUAAUCAAUUAGACAAUCCAAACCACGUGACUUUUUAAUGGUGGACGACAAUGAGCAAAAAUAAUAAAAGUGACAAAAACACUUCUAGGGAGAUUAGUAGUCUAAGUGAGUGCAUUAUUUUUGAAGUAGUUUGAUUACAGUUUUUCGAUGUGUUAAGUGCA